UGGUGCCGAUUUAAUGCAGUGGGAGUUGUGUUGGCAGUGCGACUGUGUUGUUCAUCACCAAGACUCCAUCUCUGUGUUCCUGAGAAUAAACAUGGAGGGAUUUUCGAUGAAGUCAGUGGAGGGACCGCUGGGAGACAAACUGCGUAAGGAACUGCAAGGCUUCUACAAAGAUUUUAUCGAGAUCAAUCCCGGGAAAAUGGUGAUGCCUAGCUACUACCCGUCCUGGCACGAGCGCUAUGCCACCUUCCCCAUCAACAAGGACGACACCUGGGUCAUCACCUAUCCCAAGUCAGGAACGACGUGGAUGCAGGAGCUUGUGUGGUGUUUAGUUCACGGCCUUAACCACGAAGCGGCUCACCAAAGCCUCAUGAAACGGUUCCCUUUCUAUGAGUGGGAUUCCCUUAUGCCUGACGAAGUGGAGGAGGCCCCAGACCAGGAUCCUGACGACCCCUGCCUCCCUGGUAACACUUGGCGCAUCCUCAACACCAUGCCCGCCCCCAGGACCAUCAAAUGCCACCUGCAGAAGCCCAUCUUGCCGAAGAAGAUCUGGGAAGUCAAACCAAAGGUGGUGUACGUGUGUCGUGAUCCUCGUGACGUCUGCAUCUCCUACUACUUCCACUCCAUCAAGCUGGACGGCUACCAGGGAGAGCUGUCAGACUUCGUGGAGCUGUUCCUGGGUGACAUGUUACCGUGGUCCCCCUUCUGGUCACACACCCUCCACUUCUGGCGCCUCAGGGACCAAGACCACAUCCUCUUCAUCCGCUUCGAGGAGAUGAAGGAAGACUUACCGGCGGUGGUGCGGAGGGUGGCAGCGUUCCUGGGGAGAAAGGUUAACGAGAAAGAGGUGGAGCAGCUCGCCCAGCACUGUUCCUUCAGCACCAUGAGCAAUAACGCGUCUGUUAACCACGAGAGUAUCCUAGCGAUCGACAAUGAGCGCGCGAAAGACAUCAAGUUUAUGAGGAAGGGCAAGGUGGGUGACUGGAAGAAUCACCUGACGGAGGAACAGCAGAAGGCCUUCAAGACGUGGACGUUGAAGCACCUCCAGGGCUCAGACUUCCCCUAUUACCAGGACUACGAGUGAAGUUCUUGCUAGACGCCAAACAUCACUUCCACCCCAACAACUCACACAGCACCCAGUGACUCUGUGGUGACUCUACUAUCAUGUAUUGACUCUUCUGACCAUCUGAUGCCUGCUGAUAUUUUUACUGACCCGACACUGAUACUUGUGACUUUACUGACCCUGUGCUGACUUUGCUAAUCCUUUUACUAACCUGUCCCUCUGCUUCCUCUCUCGGCUUUCCCUUUCAUUUUGCUGUCUUCAACUAUAUCUACUGAUUCUGUAGACUCUGUUACUUUUGCUGUCACCUGCCCUCUAAUUCCUGUGAGGUGCGGUGCUACUGAAGAACAUUUACUCUUAAAACUGGAGGGAAUCGACUGAGGGUCACCGUAACGUGGAGUGUGAGUCUGUCUCUUGUCAACAACGUCUGUGGUCACCAAGUUGGCUUACAUUAUUACCUUUGAUAAUAUUCAUAAAGAUACUGCAUAUGA